GUAUAGUAUAAGUAUAAGUAUAAGUACAAGUACAAGUAUAUUAAGAAAUUACAAAUUACUAAUAAAGGAAGUAGACUUAUACAACAUCUACAUAGACCAACAUUAUAAUGUAUGUCAUAUGAAUCUCCAUUGAUUUAGUGGACAUGUUUAGCGAUAGAACUCAUCCCAUCGCAGUGUCGCAAAAAAAUUAUGUAAUAGUGAAAAAUUCACGAAGCACACUAUGCACUAAGCACUAAGCACUAAGCACUAAGUAACUCUAUAGAUCAAGUGGGAUAUAUCAUGACUUCUACACCAGAAAAAAGAGCUGCAGAUGCAGUUGAUGGAGUUGAAGUAGAAACAGAAACUCAAACCCAGACCAAAAAACAACAUGUUGAAUAUCCUAAGGGAGUAGCAGUUAUUAAGGCCGAGUAUAUUGUUUCAAAUCCUGCUAAUAAUGGUGAAUCAACAGCUCUGUAUGAUGAUGAUGAAGCUGAAGGUGGAGAAAGAUCUAAACCGGAAAAUCCUUCUGGUGGUAAGAAGAGACGUGGACAAAAUAAGAAUCGUGAUUUAAAACAGAAACGUGAAGAAAUAAGAUUAUGUUCAACUUUAUUAGAUCCAGACAAUAUUAGAGAAUGUUCAUUUGGACCAGAUCAAUGUCGUAAUAGUCAUAAUGUAGAAGAAUAUCUUGCUAGUAAACCUACCGAUGUCGAUGGAAUUUGUCCUGUUUAUCAAGCCAUUGGAUAUUGUCCUACUGGAUUGAAAUGUAGAUGGUUAAAAUCACAUUAUGUUGAAGGUAAAUUAUUAAGAAAAGACGAUUCAGAAAUAAAGAAAGAUGAGGAAGUUAAUAAGAUUUCUCAUUCUGCAAAGGAUUUAUUAAGAAAGAAGAAGUAUAUUUUUAAAUUAGCAGAUCAAAUAAUUCCAUAUAUUGAUUCUCAAGUUCAAAAUGAAGAGAAUUUAGAAAAACGUAAAGAUAAUGAAGCAGCAUAUAUUGAAGCCCCAUUUAAAGUUGCAGAAAAGAAAAAGUUAUAUUUAAAGAAUGCUAAGAUAGUAUCUCCAUUAACUACCGUGGGUAAUUUACCAUAUCGUAGAUUAAUGAAAACUUUAGGAGCUGAUAUUACUUAUUCAGAAAUGGCACUUACAAUUCCUAUGCUUCAAGCAACUGCUGCUGAAUGGGCAUUACCAAAGGCUCAUAAAUCUGAAUACCCUGGCUUUGGAGUUCAAAUUGCAACUUCAAAACAUUAUCAAGCCGCUAAAGUUUCUGAAGCUAUAUACAAAGAAACUACACAUGUUUCUGAGAUAAAUUUAAAUUGUGGUUGUCCAAUUGAUUUAUUAUAUAGACAAGGUCAAGGUUCAGCAUUAAUGGAUCAACCCGCUAAAUUAUUAAGAAUUUUAAAAUCUAUGAAUUAUUGUUCGGGAGAUAUUCCCGUAACUGUUAAAAUGAGAACAGGUACAAAGGAUUAUAAAAAUACUGCUAUUCCAUUAAUUGAUAGAAUACUAAAAGAAAAUGAUGUUGCAGCCAUUACUUUACAUGGAAGAUCUAGACAACAACGUUAUACAAGAGAAGCUGAUUGGUCAUAUAUUGGAGAAGUAGCUCAAACAGUUAAAACUUGGAAUGAGAAAAAGGAAGAUGAUAAAGAGAAAUCAGAUACUCAACCAACUUGGUUUGUUGGUAAUGGAGAUAUUUAUACUCAUGAAGAUUGGUAUAAAGCUAUGGCAAUUGAUGGAGUUGAUUCUGUUAUGAUUGCCAGAGGUGCAUUAAUUAAACCAUGGAUAUUUGAAGAAAUAGAAUCUCAACAAUAUUUAGAUAAGAGUGCCAAUGAAAGAUUAGAAAUUUUAAGAACUUUUAGUAAUUUUGCUAUUGAACAUUGGGGAUCUGAUGAAUAUGGAGUAGGAUUAGCUAGAAGAUUUUUAUGUGAAUUCUUAAGUUUUACUCAUAGAUAUAUUCCAAUUGGAAUUUUAGAAAGAUUACCACCAAAGAUUAAUCAAAGACCUCCAGCAUGGAAGGGAAGAAAUGAAUUAGAAACAUUAUUAGGAUCAACUGAUUAUAAAGAUUGGAUUAAAAUAACAGAAAUGUUCUUAGGUAAGGCUGGGCCAGAGUUUCAAUUCACUCCAAAACACAAGAGUAAUGCUUAUGAAAAUAGUCGAUAAAUGAAACGAUAUAUAUAUAU